AUUACCAAAUAUCAGACUGGAGUUUAUCUGUUUAAUCGGCAUCAGUAAUCGUAAUAAAUAAUAGAUUGUAAAAAUAAAUCAAAGAAUGUACACAAGCGUUAUCAUGCUGUGAUCACAAUAAUUACGCUAUUAUUACAUCGAUAUAGCUAUAAUUAACGUAAUGCGCAGAAGGAAAUCCAACUGAGUGCCAGUUGCAAGUGUUUUCCCAAAUGAUUAUUUAAUUCAAUGUGUGAUCUUGGUGUGUGAAUGUAUCUCGUAAAAAUGACGAACAAACUUAAAUUAUUAUGGUCGAAAACAAACCGCUGGCAUCGAGUUAUUUUCAUAUUCCUAUUAUUGGAAUCGAAGCUAUUUCCCGGUGGUAAGGUUGGUUUCCAGUGCAACGAUCCAGCUCUCUCCCACCCUUACACUGGCGACACCGUCAACUGGAAGUGGUUGAUCGGGAUCACCGUGUUCUUACCAUUAGUUGUGAUGCUUAUAGUAGAGAAACAGAAGGAUAAGACCGACGUAGCUAAGCAAAAGACGAUGAUAUGGUACAAGGAGUAUUUAUAUGGCUUCCUGAUUAAUUUAACAUUUGUUCAGUGUGUUAAAUUUAUAGUUGGGUCUCCGAGACCGCACUUCUUCGAUACUUGCAGCCCUAAAGAGGAAACCACGUGUGAGGCUUCCGAGUAUGUAUCGAGUUAUACCUGUACUAAAGCGUAUUGGUUGAGUCAAUCCGACAGGAGCUUCCCAUCUGGACACACGUCUCUAGCUUUUCACACUGGAAUUUUCAUCAUCUAUUAUCUCUAUCAAAGGGCGAAUAAUUCGCGAUCAACGCAGGCGGUCCAGUUGUUGUGUGUGGCGGCGAUGGUGUUCUGCUCCGUCACGCGGAUGACUGACCACCGGCACCACUGGUGGGAUGUGGUCGCCGGCGUCAUUAUAUCUAUACCCAUACUUCUAUACACUAUAUUUACUCUUUGUAGAAAUUUCGAAUGUUUGAUACCAAAGGAAAACGUCGAAAACCAGAAUCCACAAGAUUCUGUUGAGAAAAGUGAGAUUAUGGAAAAUGCAAUAUCAUAAAUGUAAAAAAAAAUAAGUUAUAAGUAUUUAUUUAUUGUGAGAUUGUAUUGUGAUUAGAGAUUCUUAGAUAUAAAAUGCAUUCAAAUUUUUUUUUUUAAAUAAAAAAUGACAUUAAAAGCUAUUUUUAUAAUCUGUACACAAACUUAAACUGUAACAAGCUUUAUACUUUUUUUUGAAAGUGUCUAAUUUAAUUGUAAUUGAUACUAAUAUUCCUCUACUUAGUGAUAUUUUAUAAUAAGACAUAUAUGGAAUAUCUAUUCUCAAUAGAAAUGUAAAACCAAAAUACACUUUAUUCAAGCCGACUUGACAAUUUAUAUUGAAUUUACUUUAAAAAAAAUUAAAUAUAAUAUUAAGCUGCCACUGGUUUGAUUGUAUACUCUACAAUAUAGAAAUAAAAAUAAAAGCUUAUGGCUGUAAAUGUCCCGCUGUUGGACUAAAACCUCCUUUAUGGACUCCUUUGAAGAUGUUUGUUAGUCUGUAAUGGCAGGUGGAAAUUUCCUUAAUGUCUGUCUUCACAAGCUUGUCGAAAACGCAUUAGCGCUUUCUCUGAUUUGAACCCGUUUAAAGUUCGUGUUGUAACCAUUGAGCUAUAUCGACUUAUGACAAGCAAUAAUCAUGUCAUAUGAUGAAAGAUAUACGAAAUGAAGAUUAUAGAAAUUGACUCGAAUCCAAUUGCAUUUAUCAAAAACCUUCCAAACUAUCAAAUGAAAUUACCUAAUAAAGAUAUGUAAGUGUAUUUGUAAAUAGUUUGACAGAACUAGAAUUUUCAAUAAAAGAGAUUCAAAUUUAAAAAGAAAAAGAGAUUCAGGUCAAAGGUUUUCUUUAAAUAUAUUGAUACAAACGCUGUUAGUUGAGAGAAAUGGCUUUUAUACAUUAUACAAAGGAAUAGACUUGAAUUGAUAAUAAUAAUAAUUGAUAAUAUGUUAUUAAAUCUGUUUUAGAAUAUUAGAUAUUAUAUAUGUAUACUCAAUAUGCUCUUUGUUUUUUUUAGUCUGUGAAAUAUGUUAUGCCUAUAUGAUAUAUGAUAAUGGAAAAAGAUGCUCAUCAGUUUUUUUUUUUCUGUGUAAACCUUAUAUUAAAACUUCAAAGGUAAAGUGAAAAAUUCCAAAAUAAAUCAUAUAUUACAUAAUGUAUUUGAAAAAAGAUAUAUAUUUUAGAAAUAAUAUCUGAUAAUUUAGGACAAAUAUUCGUUUGAAUAUUUUGAGAUGUAAAAAUCUGAACUAAACUUCUAAAGAGCGUCACUUAUCAGCUUUAAGCUAGUCAGCCUGUGAUUGUCCUAUUUAUUUAUAUUUUAUUAUAAAAUCAAUUACAUUUUAUUUAUUAUAUAUAUAGGAUGGAGCCGUAGUUAUUAGGACUAUGUAUUUAUUAAUUUGUUUGUUUUUUUAUGUGAUGUAUUGGGUUUUCUAUGGUAUAUAGUAUGAUAAAUGGUGUUUUUCCUCAGGCUAACAUGAAUUUGAAUUUUUGCCCAUCCACUUUGGCGCCAUUUAUUGUUUAUUGUAUGUUUUUAUCGAUAUAAUCUUAUGUAUUAAAGUAUGUACCUUUUGUAAAAGUAAUACAAUAUAAAAGAUGAAUGAAAUUUGAUACAUGGAAUAUUUAGAUUUUUGUACAUAAUUAAUAUUUAAUGUUGACUUAUAUUGCUGAUAUUUUAUACAGCAAGAAUAAGGAAUUUAAAAUAUCUCAAAUCUUAAUGUUUUAAAUAGUAUUAGGGUGAGAGACCCAAUUAUGUGCACUUAAAAUAUAUAAUUAAUUUUAGAUUUUUUCUUAUAACAAAAUAUAUACAACUUAAUUAUCUUGUCAAAUAAAUUUUAAAUUGUCUGUAAUGAACUUAACCUACACCCAUUUGUUGGCAUAUUUGCAACCAGCAGCUCCAAAUUACAUUAUGAUUAAGAUUGAUCAUAUUUGAAGUUCAGGGCAACAGGAUUCCGGAAGAGGUAUAAGUGUCGUAGUAAACGAUAGAAGCUCGUAGCGCUUGUAGAGAACUUCGUAGUAGGUGGGGGCCUUUAUAAGUCAUAGCCACGAUGCGAUAAAGGUGUUCCUAUUGGUUAUGCACUCCUAUUAUAUGGCACGGAUUUAUUGUUUUCAAUUUUAACUAUUUUAGGAAUAAAUUUUAAUCCACAUAUAAGCCGUAAGCACAUGCACUCAGUAAGUAGUCAGAAGGAGGAGGAUGCUUUAUAUGGAAAGUUUUUUUUUUAAAUAAAACUAAAAAAUAUU